AUCUGUAAUCGGAGUUCAAAAAAAACGUACAGCUGCAAAACAGACGCCUGUCAAUAAACAAAAAAAAAAUAAAAAUAAAAAAUACAUAUAUCAUACUUACUGCGCAACUUUUAAAUUAACCGUUGAUUAAACAUGGAAUCGAACACAGAAUUAAAAGACGCUGAUUGUGGCGCAUCAAAAGAAUGCGAAACGCUCGCACACACACCAAUAUCAAAAAAGACGCGGGGUGCUGGAAAGCGAAAAUUGGAGAACGAGAACGCAAAGGAUGAUGAGACUCAGUCUAAAACUCCCAAGGCAGCUGGAAGUGCAGCCGGGUCAGAAACACCUCGACGUAGUGCACGCAAAAGUAUACGCCCGCCCCUUGAUUACGAGGAUAUAAUGCUGCGAUCUGCAAGCAAAUCGUCAGUAAUAGGCAAUACUACUGGUCCUGCCCCUAUGGACAAUGAGAACGAAGAAUUGGAAACCCAUAAGUGGUCUGUGGCUGAAGUGGGGCGACAUUCAGCUAAGAUUAAGCGCAGUCGCAAGUCUAAACGCAAAGGCAGAAUGCAGAUCAAAGAGGUGAUGCAGGAUGUCGCUGCGAAAUCCGAAGAGGGUUUAGAUCAAAUAAAGACAGCAGCAAUAGAGCAGGCACGUAUGAAUGAAGUGAAAUUAGAUGAUCCGGAAGUCAUGAAUACAGAGGCAGAUGAUGAUGAAUCAGAGAAUCAAGAAGUUAUGGAGACAGAGGCAGAUGCAAUACAGCACGCAUGCAAAACUGAUCAUAAAUCAGAGAACCAGGAAGUUGUGAAGACAGAGGCAGAACCAAUUGAGCAAUCAUGCGAGCCUGAUGUGAAAUCAGAAAAGAUGGAGUCUGAUCCAGUCAAGCAAGUAAAGUCUGAGAAUCUGCAUGGCGUAGAGCUACAGGAAGAGCAGACCUUGGAGUUAGUGGUCACAUCGGAGGAUAUCAAUCAGACAGAGUCAGAGGGACAGCUAUUAGAUUCUGCCACCAAAUCAAAUAGUUUGGACGAAUUGGGUGUAUUCCCACUCGACGUUAAUGAGGAAAUGCCCUCUUUAAUUGUGGUCGAUGAUGAUGAGGACUCACCCGAAGCACGGGACACCGCAUUAAACACCACAUUUGAUGCAGAUGCCCAAGAAAACGAAGAGAUGCCAACUCUUCAAAUGUCGCCGGAAAAGCAACCCACAGUGAAAUUGUUGCUAACAAAAGCUGACGAUGAUGUGCCGAUAGUUUUGAACCCUGAUCAAGCUAUGGAAGAAAAGCGUUCACGUCCAUAUAGAUUACCCACUCCAUUCAAGGCCAAAGUGGAUAAAGGAAUCUCAGACACUCCUACACUGGAUGUAAGUGAGGAAACGUUUUCUCAUUUAGAGCCUAAAGUGGGCAAGCAAGUCACAAACACUCCUACUUUGGGUGUAAAUGAGGAACCGAUUCCUCACGAUAAUGGACAACGACGACGUUCCAAAUCCUUUUCAACCAUGAGGGAAAUUAAGGGCAAGACUGUGACCUUUUUGAGUCCCAUUGAGGUGGCUCAUGUUGAUGAUAUCGAUAAGCGUUGGGAUGACCUGAAUAAGAGCAAUGUAACUCAACGACGCAGGCGUUCGAAAUCUUUGGAUGGAAAUUUACCAAAACCAAGUCGCUUGCCACAACCAAAGAUCUUUCCAAAGAUCUUGACACCAAGUAAGCUCAAAACUCGCACCAAGCUUCCUAAUUUUGCGGCUAUGCAUCAGAAACAAUUCGAUAAAAUGGAGAAUCUCGUCGAUCAUCUGGAACGGAAGGCGGAACGUGCCAAGAUCUUGACAAAUUCAGCUCUGAAAAAACAAAUUCAGCAAUCUGGCUCUCAGGAUAUAGCUGCUGAGGGUCAAUCAAAACCACCACGGGCACUGAAGAAAAUGAAUUUAUCUGUAGCCCCAAAAGUUGUAACUCCGGGUAAAAGAGUAACUCCCGCUAAGGAAAAGGCAAAUGUAUCAAUGAGAGCGCAAUUAGGACAAAACGAGAAUAGCUUUGCGGCAAAACCAGCCUUCAAUUUGUCCACGUCCUUGGCAAAAACAUUUAACGCAAAGGCCGCAAUGCCAUCAUCCACUAGUAAUAAAUUGGAACAGAGGCGUCAACGUCACAUGGAAAUGUUUAAGCAGCGCCCAGGAAAGGAGAAAAACGCCGAUUUCAUUAGAGGUGUUCGUUUGAAUCGCCGGUUUGAACUACAAAUGCAACAUCGUCGCGUUAUGGAGGAGGAAGAUUAAUCUAAGAUUAUAUUUUUAAAUUGUUAAAUUAAGUAAUUGGUUUCCUUGGAUUUUGUUUUGCAAGUUGUCAUAGAUGCGUACAGAAAUAUACAUUACAUUUUUAUUUCAACAAA